UAUGUCUUCCGUUUCCGUUCUUGAUGCGAGGCUUCGCGUUUUACCAUCGUUUCUCGCCGUCGUGUCUGUAUGUCGUCAUUCACCGCGCACCACCCACUGGCUGCAAUCGCCGAAAGUUCCUGCCUUCAAUUGCGGAGGGCAGGUUUGAUUCCGUAACGGAGAUCAAAAUCCAUGCUUUAGCGCCUCGUGCUGUGGGUUGACUGUUCAUGAGAAGUAUCGACUGUGGGGGUGGAGGUAAAUCUGCAAUAAGUUAUGGAUGUUGCGGGGGCGCUCGACGUAUGUAUGUAUGGGUGAUGUGGGAGAUCAGAAUGGUUAUGUUAAAGUUGCUGUUCUGGCUGAUCCACAGCUGAUGGAUAGAACGUCUCUCGGCCUGCCGCCUAAAUCCUUUGCUUUGGGGAUGGCGCAGUUCUAUACGGAUCUGUUUAUGCACAGAGCCUACUUGAGUUCCAUUCUGCCUUUCAAACCCGACGUGGUUUUGUUUUUGGGUGAUUAUUUUGAUGGAGGCCCAUAUUUGUCUGAUGAAGAAUGGCAGGAUUCAUUGAACCGCUUCAAGCAUAUCUUUGAUCUCAAAACUCAGGAGAAGCAUACAGAAUAUCCAGUCUACUACAUUCCUGGAAACCAUGAUGUUGGUUAUGCAAGCCUUCGCUCCCAUAAGCCAGAGGUUCUCAGUCGGUAUGAAAGAGAAUUUGGGAAGACAAAUCACCGAUUCACGGUUGGAAAAGUGGAGUUUAUUGCUGUAGAUGCCCAAAUUUUAGAUGGGCGUCAACUAGAAGGGAACGCUUCAUCAACUUGGGAUUUGGUAAAAGAUGUCUCCUUGGGUUCACACUCAAAUCCAAGGGUUUUAUUAACUCAUAUUCCUUUGUAUCGGCGUGAUUGGACUUAUUGCGGACCCAAUCGUAAUUCUCCGGUCAUCAAUCAGAGGAUCCAGCGAACUACUGAAAAUCAAGAAAUAGCGUACCAGAACUACAUCACUGAGGAAUCAUCUAACUACUUGCUGGAUUUGGUCAAACCUGUGCUUGUUCUAUCAGGCCAUGAUCAUGACCAAUGCACGCUGGUACAUAAAGCCAAGUUUGGGGAUGUUGUGGAGCACACUGUAGGAACUGUGAGUUGGCAGCAGGGGAACUUACAUCCAUCUUUCAUGCUGCUGUCUGUUAGUAAUGUGACAAAUUCGACUGCGUCCAAUCCACAAGAAGCAGUUUUAACCGAACUCUGCUUUCUUCCUAUGCAGACUCACAUUUACAUAUGGUACCUUUUGCUGUUUGUCAUGACUCUUCUUGCUCUCCUCUUCUGGCCAACUAGUAGCAAGAGCUUUUGGCAUCAGAUUUGCGGGACUAUCGGCCAUUUCAGACAUCUCAUGAGCUCUAAUCUGUUUGGUGGAGCAACGAAAGAGAAAAAUGAAGAUGAAAACUUCGUUUAUGAAGAGAUUUGGGACGCUGAAGGAACAAUGCACCUUAUCAAGAAAAGCUUAGAUGGCCCUACGAAUCGUUCGAGUGACAAAGGUCCAGUAGUAAGCAGGGGUAGUGCUGUCAUGCGACCGACAGCAAAAAUACAAAAUCAGGACUUUGAGGUGUCUAUGGAUGUAGAGACAAAUAGUGAUGUUGGCUCUAAUGUGAAGCUAGCGCUUAAAACAAGCAAAUCUAGAACUAAGAUUAUCAUCCAGAGACUGGUCCGAACGCUACGGAUGCUCACCGUCAUUGCAGCAGUAAAUGUUCCUUUAUACAUGAUGUUACUCUUUAAGGAUUGGAAUGAUAAGUGAUGUUCGGAAUUUGAAGAGUUUACUCUCCAUGAUGCUGCUGUUGCUGCCACCGCACAGGACUAUACUUUCCAGAUCCAAAAAACAUGAGCUUCCUCUUCCGUUCCAUGAAAUCAUAGAAUCUGACUUCACAAGGUGGGUCUUUUUUGCCUCAGGAAGUCUCUUGUAUCGCCACUGGACUGCUCUGGCAUUUUUGCUCCUUGUAUACACAUCAAAUGUGUUUGUUGUAUUUUCACCUCAGUAAUUUAUACAUGCUACCGGAUUGGACACGUGUGUUGCAAUUUUGAGCAUUGGUUUCGCCAUUUUCUAUA